AUGGCUGGAAACAAGCUCCUAGCUACUGCUUUCGUCGUGUUACUGAGCAUUGGAGUAUCCAAUGCUAGGGCAGUAGCUAGAUACGCCGCCGCCGGCGGUGGCGGAGGGGGAGGUGGUGGCGGGUCAGGGGGUGGCUCUGGCUAUGGAUCUGGUUCAGGGUAUGGCCAGGCUAGCGGUCCUGGAGGAGCAUACGCCGGUGGAGGUGGAGGUGGCGGCGGAGGUGGCGGUGGAGGUGGUGGAUCUGGAUAUAGUUCUGGAUCUGGAUAUGGACAAGGCGGAGGAUAUGUGCCUUAUUAUGGACCUUAUUAUGGUGGAGGCGGCGGCGGAGGGGGCGGCGGCGGUGGCGGUGGUGGCGGCGGAGGAGGAGGAGGUGGAGGUGGAGGUGGUUAUUACGGACCUUAUGGGCCUUACUACCCCCCAUAUUACGGACCAUAUGCUAGCGGUGGUGGUGGCGGCGGCGGCGGUGGUGGAGGUGGUGGGGGAGGCGGUGGUUAUGGUUAUGGAGCUGGUUCUGGAUAUGGUCAGGCGGGAGGAUAUGGACCUUAUGCUAGUGGCGGCGGUGGUGGCGGUGGUGGUGGCGGUGGCGGUAAUGGAGGCGGGUAUGGGUAUGGUGCUGGGUCUGGAUAUGGUCAAGCUGGUGGAUAUGAACCAUAUGGUGGAUAUGCUCAAGGAGGUGGCGGUGGCGGUGGUGGAGGUGGUGGGAGCGGACCAGGCGGUAGUGGUUAUGGAGGUGGUUCCGGAAGCGGGUCUGGUUCUGCCGGUGGGCACCCAUAG